UGCGCCCCCCGCCUGUCAGCCCUUGCCUCGAGGCUCUGGGGCACCCAACUCGUCGACUCCUGACACCGCAGCGGGGUAGGCUGCCGGACAGCCCCGAGCUCCCACAGCUGCUGCUGCCAUCUCUGAUCUACACGCUUCCAGCUCUGCCAGUGGCAGCCCCCCUGCUGCUCGCAGUCUGAUCAGCAACCCCUAGGGUCCUCGCGUCUUCCCUGCUGCGCGCUCCUGUCCCAGCGCGGCCCCCUAGAUUUCCGACCUUGUCUCAGGCAGGGCGGUAGCGGUCGGGAUCAGUCCCUGCCUCCGUUCCCCACGCUGCAGGCAGCUCCAGGAGCAGCGGCCAGCAACCCUUCUGGGGACACCUUACUGUAGUCCGGCAAGACAGCCGAUCAGAGCCGCUCUAGGAGGUGGUCGGGGUGCCCAUUUCGGCUGGAAUCCCAACUCGGCUCCUUGCUGUGACCUUGGGGUAGUUAGUUGACUUCCCUGAACCUCGGGUUCCUCAUUGUUGUAAUGAGCAAAAUAUAAAUAAUCUUUUUCUCACAGUUGAGGCUAUCCACAGGAAGCAUUUAGGAGAACUGGCUCAGGUAGACAUUAGCAAUAUUCCAGCUAUUAGUUGGAAUUCCGUUACCACUAUUGCAUUCCUUCCUAGCACUGCCAGGAAGUCCAAUUCCCAAGGGCCUGGGAAUUCCCUCUCCCAGGUAUUUCCAUAUCCUGUAUUCCCCCACCUAUUAGAAUAGCUCUGCCUACAUGGUUCUAAUAGGACCAAGAGAUUGGCAUCAAUUCUGAGGGGCACCAUUAUUAUCUGCAUUACUUAGAUUGCAGAUGAUAACAGUAAGAUCAGGGAACAGUGUUACCCAUAGACCCACCCACAGUAUUACCAAUGCCUAUGUUGUUAUGGCUAACUUUGCUAUUUAUGACAGCAUCAUCCACAUUUCAGACUCUAUACGAGAGGGAUCUGCAACAGCUCGGCUGGUGACAUUGCUAAUAGUAUUAUUAGUUGUGCUUCCAAUAAAAAGGACUAUUUAUAUGAUAAUUGCAAUUACUCCUACAGGCCCUAAGGCCCCGCUGAUAUCUUGUAGGCUCAUGUUGCUCCUCAUGAAGCUGCUAAGGGGGUAGCAGAGAGCUUCACUCCUGCUAUAGCCAAAGCUCUGGCUUCUUUGGUGCCUCCCUGCUGACCCUGCUGAGUGCUGGAGCUCAGUUCCUAUGGGACAGGCCUUGGCUGCCAGCUGAUGGGUGUUCAGCAUGGAGGUGGUGGAUGUGCAUGCCUACACACACACACACACACACACACACAGAGAGAGAGAGAGAGAGAGAGAGAGAGAGAGAGAGAGAGAGAGAACCUGGUCUUAACUCUCUGGGUUGGGUCUACGAAGACUGUGAGUGAGAUGGACAUCCAGGAUCAGACAGAAACGAUGUGACAAGAGGAAAGUUUCCUGAACAGCUCAAGAAAUUCAAAACAAGGGCAGAGAUAAAGAGGCUGGAGCAGAAACAGAGAGGGGGAUGUUGUGGCAUCAAGGGAAGGGACAGCAUGACUGCUGAGCUCUCCGGGUUAGAGACGGAGAGGUGUGGCCUGCUCUGGAGGAAGAGAAGAUGAAAUGGAGCCUGCAGCAUGGCCCAGCUACUCCUGCCCCUGCUGGCAGCCCUGGUCCUGGCCCAGGCUCCUGCAGCUUUAGCAGAUGUUCUGGAAGGAGACAGCUCAGAGGACCGCGCCUUUCGCGUGCGCAUCUCCGGUCACGCGCCACUGCAGGGUGUGCUUGGUGGCGCCCUCACCAUCCCCUGCCACGUCCACUACCUGCGGCCGCCGCCGAGCCGCCGGGCCGUGCUGGGAUCUCCGCGGGUCAAGUGGACUUUCCUGUCCGGGGGCCGGGAGGCAGAGGUGCUGGUGGCGCGGGGAGUUCGCGUCAAGGUGAAUGAGGCCUACCGGUUCCGCGUGGCACUGCCUGCGUACCCAGCGUCGCUCACCGAUGUCUCCCUGGCGCUGAGCGAGCUGCGCCCCAACGACUCAGGCAUCUAUCGCUGCGAGGUCCAGCACGGCAUCGAUGACAGCAGCGACGCUGUGGAGGUCAAGGUGAAAGGGGUCGUCUUUCUCUACCGAGAGGGCUCUGCCCGCUACGCUUUCUCCUUUGUUGGGGCCCAGGAAGCCUGUGCCCGCAUUGGAGCCCACAUCGCCACCCCGGAGCAGCUCUAUGCCGCCUACCUUGGGGGCUAUGAGCAAUGUGAUGCUGGCUGGCUGUCGGAUCAGACCGUGAGGUAUCCCAUCCAGACCCCACGAGAGGCCUGUUACGGAGACAUGGAUGGCUUCCCCGGGGUCCGGAACUAUGGUGUGGUGGACCCGGAUGACCUCUAUGAUGUCUACUGUUAUGCUGAAGACCUAAAUGGAGAACUGUUCCUGGGUGAUCCUCCAGAAAAGCUGACAUUGGAGGAAGCACGGGCGUACUGCCAGGAGCGGGGUGCAGAGAUUGCCACCACGGGCCAGCUGUAUGCCGCCUGGGACGGUGGCCUGGACCGCUGCAGCCCAGGGUGGCUGGCUGAUGGCAGUGUGCGCUACCCCAUUGUCACACCCAGCCAGCGCUGUGGUGGGGGCUUGCCUGGUGUCAAGACUCUCUUCCUCUUCCCCAACCAGACUGGCUUCCCCAAUAAGCACAGCCGCUUCAACGUCUACUGCUUCCGAGACUCAGCCCAGCCUUCUGCCAUUCCUGAGGCCUCCAACCCAGCUUCCGACCCAGCCUCUGAUGGACUAGAGGCCAUCGUCACAGUGACAGAGACCCUGGAGGAACUGCAGCUGCCUCAGGAAGCUAUGGAGAGCGAAUCCCGUGGGGCCAUCUACUCCAUCCCCAUCAUGGAAGACGGAGGAGGUGGAAGCUCCACUCCAGAAGACCCAGCAGAGGCCCCUAGGACAGUCCCAGAAUUUGAAACUCAAUCCAUGGUCCCGCCCACGGUGUUCUCAGAAGAGGAAGGCAAGGCAUUGGAGGAAGAAGAGAAAUAUGAAGAUGAAGAAGAGAAAGAGGAAGAAGAAGAGGAGGAAGAGGUGGAGGAUGAGGCUCUGUGGGCAUGGCCCAGCGAGUUCAACAGCCCGGGCCCUGAGGUCUCUCUCCCCACUGAGCCAGCAGCCCAGGAGUCACUCUCUCAGGCGCCAGCAAGAGCAGUCUUGCAGCCUGGUGUAUCACCACUUCCUGAUGGAGAGUCAGAAACUCCCAGGCCUCCAAGGGUCCAUGGACCACCUACUGAGACUCUGCCCUCUCCCAGGGAGAGGAACCUAGCAUCCCCAUCACCUUCCACUCUGGCUGGGGCAAGAGAGGCGGGGGAGGAAACCGGUGGUCCUGAGCUAUCUGGGGUCCCUCGAGGAGAGAGCGAGGAGACAGGAAGCUCUGAGGGUGCCCCUUCCCUGCUUCCAGCCACACGGGCCCCUGAGGGUACCAGGGAGCUGGAGGCCCCCUCUGAAGAUAAUUCUGGAAGAACUGCCCCGGCAGGGACCUCAGUGCAGGCCCAGCCAGUGCUGCCCACUGACAGCGCCAGCCGAGGUGGAGUGGCCGUGGUCCCCGCAUCAGGUGACUGUGUCCCCAGCCCCUGCCACAAUGGUGGGACAUGCUUGGAAGAGGAGGAAGGGAUCCGCUGCCUAUGUCUGCCUGGCUAUGGGGGGGACCUGUGCGAUGUUGGCCUUAGCUUCUGCAACCCGGGCUGGGACGCCUUCCAGGGUUCCUGCUACAAACACUUUUCCACACGAAGGAGCUGGGAGGAGGCAGAGACCCAGUGCCGGAUGUACGGCGCGCAUCUGGCCAGCAUCAGCACGCCCGAGGAACAGGACUUCAUCAACAACCGGUACCGGGAGUACCAGUGGAUCGGGCUCAACGAUAGGACCAUUGAAGGCGACUUCUUGUGGUCGGAUGGCGUCCCCCUGCUCUAUGAGAACUGGAACCCUGGGCAGCCUGACAGCUACUUCCUGUCUGGAGAGAACUGCGUGGUCAUGGUGUGGCAUGAUCAGGGACAAUGGAGUGAUGUGCCCUGCAACUACCACCUGUCCUACACCUGCAAGAUGGGGCUGGUGUCCUGUGGGCCACCACCGGAGCUGCCCCUGGCUCAAGUGUUUGGCCGCCCACGGCUGCGCUAUGAGGUGGACACAGUGCUUCGCUACCGGUGCCGGGAAGGACUGGCCCAGCGCAAUCUGCCGCUGAUCCGAUGCCAAGAGAACGGCCGUUGGGAGACCCCCCAGAUCUCCUGUGUGCCCAGAAGACCUGUGAGUGACAGGAGGAGGCAGGCCCGAGCUCUGCACCCAGAGAAGGACCCAGAAGGACGUCAGGGGAGGCUGCUGGGACGCUGGAAGGCGCUAUUGAUCCCCUCUUCCAGCCCCACGCCAGGUCCUUAGGGGGCAAGGCCUUGAACACUGCCGGCCACAGCACUGCCCUGUCACCCAAAUUCUCCCUCAUACCCUGUGCUCCUGCCACCACAGGAUGUCACAACAUGACUAGAGUCCAGGUGAUAGUUCCUGAAGGGGCUUCUGGGAAAUACCUGGGAGGCUCCAGCCCAGCCCAGGCCCUCUCCCCCUCCCCUGGGCACCAGAUUUUCCAUCAGGGCCGGGGUAAAUCCCUAAGUGCCUCACCUGCCCUCUGCCUGGCAGCCAUCCUCUCCCCUCCAUUUCUCUGGGGAGCACUGUGCCCACUCAUUCUGGAUUUUCCAAGGGAAUGGGCUUGCAGGAUGAACUGUCUGUAAAACCAACAGGAAAUAAAACUGUGUAUGAGCCCAAGCAA